AUGGCCGGUUCACGAAAUGGCCGCCGCGAGGCAGCCCAGAGCCGGAACCGCCCGGCGCCGGUCUCAGCCGGUUCCAGCCGGCCCCUGGCAGCCGCCCCAGAUGACUUGUGCCGUUUGUGCUUGCGCUACUCCAUAGCCAUCGCAGCAGAAAGAGCUGCUGGGGCCGGCUCCUACGAGGGGAAGGCGGUGAGCGCCCUGGCCCGGCCCGGCCCCGGCCCCGGCCCCGGCCCGCCUGCCGCCCUCCCUCCGGGGCCGGCUGCACACGUGCGACCGGCUUGGCACCUCACGCACCUCGGGGACCACAAACACCAACAGGCUCCCAACGAGGCAGGCGCAAAACCGCAGGCGAAGGCAUUUCUGCGCGUUGUGCCCCGGUACCUCCCAGUCAGUCGUAGCAGGAGGCACGCGCUGGCACUGCCGAGCGCAAAGCGGUGGCAGGGAGCACGAGGCGGACUGGGGCGGAGGCGGCUUUGCAAGCCUGCCCGCGCGACCGCUGCCCCCGCGACGGAGAAACCCCUCGCCUCUCAGCUCUGCGGGGCCGCACGCAACGCUCCCUUACUCGGGGGCAGAGCUUCCCCCACCCCGGGGAAGGAGGCAAAGCUGACGUACGCGGGCAAAACCGCUGCUCGGCAGUUCAGGCGCUUUUCUCCCGCUGCAGCCUCUCAUCAACGCAGUGUCCAACGCAGCGAGCGCGCUCUGGAUUUUCGAAGGCCCCCUCGGGGCUGCAGGACUCUACCGCCUUUGAACAGCUGUUCAGCGCCGCUAAAAAUCCCAGCCCAAAAAUCCCUGCUGGGGGGCAACGAGUUACUGCGCUCUUUUCCAGGUCUCGCCUUUAACAGGGCGUUAACCUCACCCGAGGCGUCCGCCCGCGCUCGGCUUUCGGGGUCCGGUUGGGAUCCUGCGUCCGGCCUUCCCCGCUACACCCGCACGCGACGGGAUCAGCUGAUCCGACCGCUCAUCAGAAAUGCUCCUGCACCGGGAUUACUUGAUGCAAGGGUUUCCAGGCAAAGCCAGGCGCAGGACUCCUACCAUGAUAAAGGCAGAGAGCAUCCCGAGGAAGGAAAACAUCCCGACGGUGGCUUGUACAGCAAGGGACCAUCGUACUCUGGUUAUUCUGGGUAUAUCAUGAUGCCAAACAUGAACACCGACCCCUACAUGCCGAACGGAUCCCUGUCGCCGCCCAUCCCCAGAACCUCGAACAAGGUGCCCGUGGUACAGCCCUCUCAUGCGGUUCACCCCCUCACCCCCCUUAUCACCUACAGCGAUGAGCACUUUUCCCCGGGGUCGCACCCGUCUCACAUCCCCUCAGACGUCAGCUCCAAACAAGGCAUGUCCAGACAUCCUCCGGCUCCUGAUAUCCCCACCUUCUAUCCCUUGUCUCCAGGGGGUGUUGGACAGAUAACACCACCUCUUGGCUGGCAAGGUCAGCCUGUAUAUCCCAUCUCGAGUGGAUUCAGGCAGCCCUAUCCAUCCUCACUCUCAGUCGACCCUUCCAUGUCCAGGUUUUCACAUCACAUGAUUCCUGGUCCUCCAGGCCCUCACACAACUGGAAUCCCUCAUCCAGCUAUUGUAACACCUCAAGUCAAACAGGAACAUCCGCACAAUGACAGUGAGCUAAUGCAUGUGAAGCCUCAGCACGAACAGAGAAAAGAACAAGAGCCAAAAAGACCUCAUAUUAAGAAACCUCUGAAUGCUUUCAUGUUGUACAUGAAAGAAAUGAGAGCGAACGUUGUAGCAGAGUGUACUCUGAAAGAAAGCGCAGCUAUCAACCAGAUUCUUGGCAGAAGGUGGCAUGCUCUCUCCCGUGAAGAACAAGCAAAAUAUUAUGAACUAGCUCGUAAAGAAAGGCAGCUACACAUGCAGCUUUAUCCAGGCUGGUCUGCAAGAGACAACUAUGGGAAGAAAAAGAAGAGGAAGAGAGAGAAGUUACAGGAAUCAGCAUCAGGUGGGAAAAGAAAUGCUUUCUCAACUUGCAAAGCAAAGGCGGCGACACCAGGACCCCUUCUGGAGAUGGAAGCUUGCUAAACCCUAGGUGUGUCCUUCAUCCAUGCAGACACCCCCCCCCCCCCAACGGAGUCUGUCUAGGAUGUCAUUCACCCUGAUGUCACUGCUAGAGACACUGAAUCAUAAAGACAAUCACUGCCAAAAUCCUUCACUAUCACAAGGUCCAGCCCUGGUAUAAAAAGAUCAAAUGAGCUCCUGGGUGAGCAGAGCAGCUUUUGUCCUCACUCCAUCUCUGCCUUGCACUCUUAAACUCCUGUCUCAUCUGUGCCCAUAUUGAGUCAGCAACAAAGUAGCAUGGCUGUCUGCCUGCUUCAGCCAACAGAAUAACAUAGACCACAGCUACCCCAUACAGCACAUUGAGGAAUGGAAUUUGCCUGGACAAGGAAGACGCACUCAAACUUCUUUUUAUUUAAUGGUGCAACAGGAUCAAUUUUGGUUUUAGCUUUUUUUUUUUUUUUUUUAAGAAACUUGAAUGCUUUUAUAUUUUAACUUUUAGUUUUUAAUUUCUUUGGUGUAUAUUUUACUAGGUAUGAGCUUUUAAACAAGUGUCAAAAUCUGAAAUACUUUUUAAAUAAAGGAUUUUUUUUUUCUGCCAGAGGAAAAACCUGUAUGGAAAAAGGUGGCUUUUUUUGUUAAACUAUUUGUAACAAAUAGUGGCCUCUCAGUCUAUAUAAUACAGUGUCCUAUAGAACUAAAUAAAUGUAACAACAGUCAGCUGGUCGUUAGACAUGUCAGUCUUGCAUCAUCCACUCUCUAAACAUAAGCAAUACAUCCAGCAAAUCUGACUGCAGUGAGUUCUCCUUCUCACCCAUUCCCCUUCUCCUUGUAAAAAGCCCAGCACUUGAAUUAUUACUUCAAUUGUUCUGUAUUUGUAUCUGUUUUUUGUUAGCCUGUUAGUGGGAUUUUAUGCCAGUUGUUGAAAUGAGCAUUGAUGUACCCAUUUUUUUUUUUUAAAUAGUAAGGCACAGCCUUUGCCAAAAAUACUGUCAAAUGAUUUUUUUUUUUUUUUUUUUGUCAUUCCAGUUUGAGUUAAUGUGCUGAGCAUUUGUUUUUUAAUAAAAGCUUUGUAAUAAAA